GAGAGAGAGAGAGAGAGAGAGAGAGAGAGAAAGAGUGGUCAGACUUGUGAGGCUUUUUAUUCUAACAAAUGAGACCGUAUGUUUGACCCCGGGGUUCGCCUGCUUACAACAGCAAGCUGGAUAUAUUUAUGCGUGCACUCGCUCGGUCUUCGUUAGAAUAUAAAUGGAUGUCGUUUUUUGUAGGCGCUUUAUCUGUGCGAUAAUGAAAGAACGCUUGAAAUAGUUUAUUCGCUUGUAGCCUAUUUAUGGUAGAUAGCGCUUUGGCCCUUCUUUAUUAUAAGACAACGGGGAUCCAUCAAACGGCGGUAGCUAUGUGAAGCGUAGAACUCGUUUAUUCCCUUUCGUGAAUUGAGGAAUAAUUAUGAACAACGCGCAAGAUAUGUCUCCCGAUUUUGUCUUGAUGCGCCUGGUUUCCGCGGCCGAGGAUGACCGCUUGGACGAGGAGAAUGGGAAUCUGUCGUCGGGUGGAGUGGUGGCAGGACUCGGUAAAGAGGUCUUGGCUCAUAGCAACAUGAAAGGGGGCUUGGAAUUCGCCCGAGAUCCCACGACAGGCCUCGCGCAUUCCGGCAAUUUAUCUUCGCUGAACAAUGCACAGCAGAGCGGCGGAACGGCGGCACCUGACAGCGGGGUGAUGGCGACUAAACCGUCGGUGUCUAUUCCUCCUCCACACAGCGCCAUGGAGGCCAAGGGCUUUGAGUUUGCUCACAGAGGAGGCUUACGGCCUCAGCUCCUUGUGUUUCCUAACAUAUUGAGGGAUGGUGAUGGGAUUUUAGAAUGUGAAUCCGACGGUCGGAAUCAGUCGAGGAAACAUAUUGGUUUGGACAAGACCUCCGGCUCUGUCUCCGACCUAACCGGAGGCAUCAAUAACAAUACGCUCAGUGCCGGUGACGCGCAACAGCAGAACCAUCUGUCCCAGAGCUGGGGUCUGCAUCCCCGGGUGGUAUUAUCCACGGUUGCUGCCGAUAUCGAGGGAGGUGAGCUAUGCCACCGGCACAGUUUGAUCACCAACCCAUCAGACUGGCCUCCCUUAAGGGAUAAAUCCAAUCCUUUCACAAUGAUAGAGUCGAAAUGGGGAUGCACAACCGGGGAGCUGCCCGACGGCCCAGUGUUCGACCUGGCCAGAAGGUUCGGGGAGCUGGGGCUCGGCGCGGUACCCAAGAUAUUAUUCAAGGACGGGGCGAUGCCCCAGUGCUCGUGUCAGGGCGCACAUGGGCCGGCACCAGCGGGGAUGGGGCAUGGGGAUGACCCCACUGAGACUAGCGAUGCUUUGUUGGUGCUAGAGGGGCUGGGGACUGGGGACGUGGCCAGGCUGGGUAUCACUGGAUGCCCAGAGGAUGAUUCGGAUGAAAGUCGAGCACGUCGAGUUCAGAAGAUGUCCGGUGCAUUUUCUCUCAGUAGCUUUCAGGCAGAGUUGACCAGACAGAUGGAAGGGGUGGCUGGAGAACCUUGUCCGUCGGCGCACGGUGACGCACAAGUAUGUAGCCUGCAUGGAAACGUACCUAACCCAACUCAACCGAUCCCGGGAGAUACAGAACAGAAUCCGGAGGUGUCGACAUUACCUGGGGCCUCUGCGGCUUCACCGAGCUCGGACCGACCUGUCAGUCCAACCCCUAGCCAGGCAUCGACACCCCGGAAGCGGGCGGACAAGUGCGUCAGUGAGCCCCGGACUCCAACCGGUCGAGUCGAGAAAACACUCAAAGUUCCAGGGAAGUCCAGAAAGGGCUCACUUAAAAUACGCCUGAGUAAACUUUUCAGAACUAAAAGCUGUAGUGGUUCCAAUAGCCUUCUGGAUAAGAGGCCAUCAGUGGCCUAUUCAAUCUCCUCCGCUGGAAGUCUGGUGGACAUGGCCAGUGGAAGUGGUGGGGAGCAUGACGUGGACAGCCAACCCCAAAUGACCAGGGCCCAAAGUGCUUUCUCUCCUGCUUCCUUUGCUCCUUUCACUGGCGAGACUGUUUCAUUGGUGGAUGUGGAUAUUUCGAGGAGAGGGGCGAACACUCCGCACCCUCCCACGCCUCCACCUCCGCCACGCAGAAGUCUCAGUCUAUUAGAUGACAUAGGUGGGCCGCAGCCUGGUCCUUUCCUAGUGAGUGUUAUGGGGGCCUCCCUACAGUCCCUCCCCCUGCCUCUUCCUCCUCCUCAUCCCUCCCAUGCCACCAUCCAGCAUAGUAUCAGCCUCAAUGAUGCAUUCCUCCGGGCCCUGCCUCACUCCACCUCUUCACAGCUCCUCUCAGCUCCUCCCCCUUCCAGGUUGGCCCCGCCCCCAAGGCUCUGUCCUCUGAGGCGGCCUGAGGCCAGCAACUUCACCGCUAGUCUGAGAGAGCUGGAAAAAUGUGGCUGGUAUUGGGGUCCUAUGAACUGGGAAGAUGCAGAGAUGAAGUUGAAGGGGAAGCCUGACGGGGCGUUCCUGGUGAGGGACAGCUCUGACCCCCGCUACAUCCUCAGCCUCAGCUUCCGCUCCCAGGGAGUUACACACCACACGCGCAUGGAGCACUACAGAGGGACAUUCAGCUUGUGGUGUCAUCCCAAGUUUGAGGACCGAUGUCAUUCUGUGGUGGAGUUUAUCGAGCGAGCCAUCAUGCACUCCAAAAAUGGAAAAUUCCUCUACUUCCUGCGUUCACGUGUGCCAGGGCUCCCCCCUACCCCGGUGCAGCUGCUCUACCCAGUGUCCCGGUUCAGCAACGUCAAGUCCCUGCAGCACCUCUGUCGCUUCUGCAUCCGACAAAUGGUCCGCAUCGACCACAUCCAGGAGCUGCCGCUGCCCAAACCACUGAUCAUGUACCUGAGGAAGUUCUACUACUACGAUGCAGAGGAAGAGAUGUACCUGUCAAUCAAGAGCAUUCGACCAGGGGCUGGAGUAGAGAAAGAGGCGGAGUCUCAGACGUAACUGGAAGAGGUGUCUGCUGGUCUGCCCGUCUUCCAGCAUCAGCCAAUCAAAGUCCUCGGCACCCUCUGAAUCCAGUCGGCUGCAGUCAAAGGGGUCCAGAUUACCUAGCCCUUCUCUUGACUUUGGCCAAUGAGAGUAGAAAGGGACAGUAGUGGAAUGCUGGAAAAUUGUCCAUACGGAGUGCACACAUGGGGCUGGGACAAAAAAGGACACAGCCUCAUUGAGAACGGACUGGAGAACGGACUCGUCUAGCCUGUAACAACCUGAAAACAAACAAAAAACAACUUGAACCUAGACUUUGAAUCGAUCCCUAGACAGAUAUUCACUGUACCUAUGAACUGAAGUUGAUGCACUGGUCCAUUUGUACUACUAUUUUUUCCAUUAUCAUAAUUUUCUUGUUUUUUUCCCUCCUGUUGCUAUGAGGGUCGUUGUGGACUCCAAUUGGCCCACAGGAGGCCAUGGUUGAUCUUUGUUUGUUGGUUUUAAUCGUCAAAAAAUCCCUGAUUGUAACUUGCGCAUCAUUCUGUUCCUCCGUACCCCAAGCUGGCCACAGGCUCAGCAUUUUCAGUAAAAGAGAAAAAAAUAUGGCUUCCCUCUUUUGCACAAUCAUUUUCAAUUGACUGAAGUAAAGUGGUAGCAGGAGCCAGGCGCACCGGUUUGAGUGUGUCAAGAACUGCAACGCUGCUAUGUUUUUCACACUCAACAGUUUCCUGUGUGUAUCAACAAUGGUCCACCACCCAAAGGACAUCCAGCCAACUUGACACAACUGUGGGAAGCAGUGGAGUCAACAUGGGCCAGCAUCCCUGUGCAACACUUUUCACACCUUGUAAAGUCCCUACCCUGACAAAUUGAGGCUGUUCUGAGGGUAAUGCACAUCUCAAUCCACACAUACAGUGGGGCAAAAAAGUAUUUAGUC